AAGCUGGUGAAUGGAAGAUGGGAGAAGGUGUUUCUGCGUGGGGAGCGCGCAAAGGGAAUGGGACUACAUAAUGCUCCAAGCUCCCUAUUUUCCCCACAACAACCUUGUGAGCUGCGCAUCUGAACAAGUGACUCUGGACAAUCGUAAAUCAUAACCCUAUUGCACAAAUAGGCUUAUCACGGCUCCUUCUAGGUCACACAAGGAAAAAAAGACCUGGAACAGAAGACCUUCCUUCCCCAGUGAAAUUUGGAUUGUAAUUAUUCCCAUUUUACAAGUGGGAAAUUGAGCUCCAGAAAACAAACUUUUCCCCAAUCUAGUUGACUCAAUGGGGCAAUCUGUCAGGGCAGAGGUGGGCAGCCAGGGGCACUUCAGAUAUUUUCAGAUUCCUUUUCUCAUUAGUCCAGGUGAUGUUGCCAAGGCUCAGAGAGAUGCAGAUUGAAAUUAAACAGCAUUUGGGGGGUCACGAGUUCCCCAUAUCUGCAUCAGGAAGAAUGUCUUCCCCGUCUGCCUCCAGAUUGCCUUUUUCUUCUCUCAUCUACUGGAAGACAGACAAAAUUACAGAUUAAUUAUUGACAACACUAGGAGCUUCUCAAAUUGUGGAUUUCAACUUCUGUGUGUGUGUGUGUGUGCACGCACACACACUUUUUUUUUUAAGCCAAUCAGGUUUUCUCCAGCAAAGCGGGAGUGCAGUCAAUACUCGCUCACGGUUUGCCGAGCAGGCAAUCAAUAUUAUUCAUUGGGGGAGCAUACAAAUUCAUUUAUCAUUUUAGGAGUUUGCAGUAUUACAAAAUCUCCCUGGGCUGCCCCACACCUUGUUUUUUCAGAGUGAGUAAUGUUUAUUUUUUAUCUGCGCACAAAAUGGAACGAGGAGUUCCGUAAAAGCUUAACAUCAUGGUUCCCCUUUUCCAUUCAUCUGCAUCCCACCCAUGAUCCCUGGUUCCUUUGUCUGUUCUUUUCCAGCUCCUCUGCAGAGAGCCGCCUGCCUCAGUAAACUAGAGUGAAUGGCGUAACCAGGGAAGCCAUGAGAAUGCCUGUUGCUUGCUGAGCACCCUUCUAUGAGAACUUGUCCAGGAAUUCCCAGCUUCAGCCAGGCAUUUGAUCCAGCCCAUGCUGAGGACUAGGAAGUGUCCUAGGGAAGGGGCUGGCUGACCACGGAUGAGGCCCAUCCAGACUUGGGACAAAAUGGCUGCCAAGGAGGGGUCACAGUCAAGCUUUGGCCUCCGGUUUCAUGCUGAGCUGGAGCAAGGAGUGCAUCCGCGGAUUAAAAUGGAGGAGGAGGAGCCACCUGGUUCCACAUCAGGAGAAGGAUUGGAGGAAGCUCCUCACCUCCUUCAGGCUGGGAGUAUUCGGGAGUUCCUGCAAAGGCCGUCUGGAGACCAGGAAGCUGGAGAUGGGCUCCUUCAACGGUGGGAGGCCCAGUGGCAGGAGUUUCUGAAGAAGCUGGAAUACCCUCACUCAGAAUGGGAGACGCCCCAGUUGCUGGAGGAGCCCACCCCGUGGGACAAUACCAAGGCCUUCCUAGCAUCCUUUGAGCAAGUGGCCCAGGCCUGCCAGUGGCCCCGAGAGGACUGGAUGGCCCGUCUCUUGCCAGCCCUCAGCGGGGAGGCAGAGCAGAUCUUCAGCAAUCUGGAUACCAGAGACCGGGUGGACUAUGACAAGGUGAAGGCGGCCAUCUUGAGGGGGGAUGCCAUUUCCAGGGAGCGUCAGCGGCAGAACUUCCGUCGUUUUUGCUAUCAAGAGGCCGAAGGUCCGAGGGGCGUCUACAGCCAGCUCCAGAAACUUUGUCAUCGGUGGCUGAAGGUAGAGAGACACUCCAAGGAGCAGAUCCUGGAGCUGCUGAUCCUGGAGCAGUUUCUGGCCAUCCUGCCCCCAGAGAUGCAAAGUUGGGUCCGGGAACAUGGCCCCGAGACGUGCUCCCAGGCGGUGGGCCUGGCUGAGGAUUUCCUGCAAAGGCAACGAGCUGAGGCGGGUUGGGAAGAACAGGAGCUGGGACCCAUUGAAGAGAUAGCCCUGGAUUUCUCCGAGGGGGAGGAGUCACCAUCAAACGAGGCUGAUGGGGAGGUUGAGGACAGAGAUGUUGGUUCCCUGGGGUGGACGUGCAGUAACGAGAAGAUGGCCCACGCUGAAAGUUUUGAUCACAUUUUGAGCAAGACCCUGAAACGGGGGAGACCGGAAAACAAAGCUUCUCACUUUGGGGACCAGGAAGAUGCUUUGGAGGGGUGGUACCGAGCCGAGAGGAAAAAAGGAAAUACCUUGCAAGAGAGGGAGGAAGCCUCUCUUCUGUGGGAGGAUGAGGAACAGCUGGAUGGUCCCAGGGAUGAGCCGAGAUUCCACGAAGGCAAAGACGCCUGUCUGGUGGGUGGGUGGAGUUUCAGGCAGAGAUCAGACCUUAUCAAACACGAGAAAACCGACCCUUACAAAUGCUCUGACGGUGGGAAGAGCUUCAAAGUGAUUUCUCACUGCGUUUCCCGUAAAGAAAAUGAUGAAGAGAGGAAGCCCCACAGGUGCCCCGACUGUGGGAAGUCUUUUAUUGCCAAAGCCCACCUGAUUAUUCAUCAGAGGAUCCACACUGGAGAGAGGCCAUUUAAAUGCCUGUCCUGUGGAAAGACCUUCACCCAGCGCUCGAACCUCACUGUCCAUCAGCGGAUCCACACAGGAGUAAAACCUUUCCAGUGCUCAGACUGUGGGAAAAGCUUUUGCUCCAGUACCAACCUCAGCAAACACCAGAGUGUUCAUGUGAAGGGAAACCCAUAUAAAUGUUUAGCUUGUGGGAAAAGCUUCAAGAUUCAUUCCCAUUUUAUCGCUCAUAAAAGGAUCCAUGCGAGGAGGAAACUCCACACGUGUCCCGAUUGUGGGAAGUCGUUCCUCGCUGCAUUGCAUCUCAUCAUACACCAGCGAAUCCAUACGGGAGAGAAACCCUAUAAAUGCUUAGAGUGCGGGAAAACCUUUAGCCAGAAUGCUCACCUGAAAGUGCACCAGAGAAUCCACAAAAAAGGAAAGAUGUUCCAGUGCUCCGACUGUGGAGAAAGCUUCCAUUCCAGGUUGAACCUUAGCCAACAUCAAACCCUACAUGCAGACGAGAACCCCUAUAAAUGCACGGAAUGCGGGAAGUCCUUCCGCCUGAACUCUCACCUGAUUGCUCACAGGAGGAAUCACGCGGCCAAAAAACCCCAUAAGUGCUCCUACUGCGGGAAAGCUUUCUUUACCAAAUCCUACUUCAUCAUCCAUCAGAGAAUCCACACCGGGGAGAGGCCGUUCAAAUGCUUGACGUGUGGGAAAUGUUUCAGCCAGAGUUCCCAUCUGAAUGUCCACAAACGCACCCACACCGGGGUGAAGCCAUUCCCGUGUUCUCACUGCGGACAGAGUUUCAGCUCUAGUACCAACCUCCUUAAGCAUCAAAGAAUCCACACAGGAGAAAAUCUGUACAUAUGUUCCGACUGUGGGAAGAGCUUCAAAGUGCAUUCUCACCUGAUUGCUCAUAAGAGAAUGCACGCGGCCAAGAAACCUCAUAAGUGCUCCUAUUGUGGGAAAUCCUUCUUUGCCAAGUCGUACCUCAUCAUCCACCAGAGGAUCCACACCGGAGAGAGGCCCUACAAAUGCCUGGCCUGUGGCAAAAGUUUCACGCAGAGCUCCAAUCUUACGGUUCACGAACGAACCCACACCGGGAAAAACCCGUUCCAGUGUUCAGACUGCGGGAAAAGCUUCAAGGUGAGCUCUCACCUCCUCGCACACAAGAAGAUUCACGAAACGAAGAAACCCCACAAGUGCUCGUACUGCAGCAAAUCCUUUGUUUUCAAAUCGUAUUUGAUCAUACACGAGCGAAUGCACACGGGCGAGAGACCAUUCAAAUGCCUCGCGUGUGGCAAAAGCUUUAGUCAGAGUUCCCACCUUAACGUUCAUAAAAGAACUCACUUGGGGAAGAAGCCGUUCCAGUGUUCCGAAUGCGGGAAAUGUUUUCGCGUGAGUUCUCAACUCCUUGCCCACAAAACCAUUCACACAGCAAAAAAGUCAUACAGCAACACGAAUAGUAAUAGCAACAGCAACACGAAUAGUAAUAAUAAUAGCAAUAGUAAUAAAUGCCUGGAUUGUGGGAAAACAUUUAUUUCCAAAUCCUACCUUAUCAUCCAUCAGAGAAUCCACACUGGAGAGAGACCCUACAAAUGUAUGGUGUGUGGGAAGUGUUUCAGCCAGAGUUCGCAUCUGACGGUCCAUCAAAAGACCCACCGCAGAGUGAAGAUGUUUCAGUGUUCUGAGUGCGAGGAGAGUUUCAAUUCCCACAUGAAGUUGCUUAAGCACCAGAGGAUCCAUAUGAAAGGGAACCCCUUCCAGUGCCUGGAUUGUGGGAAAUCGUUUGUCACCAAAUCGCAACUCAUCAUCCAUCAGAGAAGCCACACAGGGGAGAGGCCGUACAAAUGCUUGGACUGCGGGAAAGGAUUCAGCCAGAGCUCCAACCUUAUCAGGCACCAGAGGAUACACUCGGGGGAGAACCCCUAUAAAUGCUCAGACUGUGGGAAAAGCUUCUGUUCGCAUGAGAACCUUAUUAAACAUCAGAGAAUCCACACCUAAGCGAACGAAAUCCCGAACGAGCUGUCUGUAAGAGGUUAUGGACCAUUGCACUGUAUCAGCCAAGUGUGUAUGGGGGAGACCAUAUUACCGCAAACACCACACUGCUGUUUUGCUGUCACAACUCAAGAAUUUGCUGCUCAUCAGACCAUCAGCGGAAGAGAUGAAUUAUGUAAUUGCAGAGAAAUGGGGAAACCUCUCAGGCGGAGAUUCUCCCCUGUAUUGAAAAGCCUGUGCUCAGAACCUGAACUCAAUACUGGUUCUAAACUGAGGAGCUAAGAGUGGUCAGAAUGUGUUAAUCUACAUGCCAUCAGCCAGCUGCAGCCAUUUUCAAAGAAUGAUUCUUAACUACCACAAGCCAAGCCGUCUCUUUGCAAAAGCUUCCAGAUCAUGUCUGUUAACUGGUCUCUCCAGAUAAGUUUCUUCUUUUAAUCUGACUUUUCUUCAGGCCCUCGGGCAGCAUACAAGGGGAUCUCCUUGUAUUUUAUCUCCACAAACAACAACUCUGCCAGGUAGGUUCAGCUGAGAGAGAGCCCCAGUCCUCCAGGGAGGUUCCGAAGCUAAGAAUUGACCUGAACCUGGAUCUCCAUCAUCCUGGUCCACCUCCAUAAUCGCUACCCUGCAUUUAUCUAGGAGUCUCUUCUGCUAGCUAGAACUUUUCAUUCACCUAGCCACCAUUGUCUACCCUAGAGACAGGCAAUCCAGAUGGACUACAGUCUCCAUACGCCCAAAGAUUGUGGGUGGUAGUUUAAAGCAUGUCAAAGAUUGGGGGUUAUGACAGCUGGAGCUUAGUCUUGCUUUCUUCUGACUAGCAACAGUUCUCUAGAUCUCGGGCGGAGCAGGCUCUUUCUGGUCCCCUUGUUGGCUGCUCCUUGUUAUUAAAAUACCAGGGAUUCAGUUGGACCAUCUUCAGGAAGACACGCUCCUGUCUCUGAGCUCAAAGGAGAUUUUUUUUUUCACAGCUGUUGAAACACGUAGUGUGUGGAAAAACUGCAUAAGUGUGGGACUUCCUAAAUUCCUGUAAAAAGGGGGAAAUGGCGAUGGUAGGGCCAGUCCAGGAGAAAAGCCAUAGAAAUACUUUGUUUGUGGCUCUUGGUGGAUUUUCAGGUGCCACAAGUCUAGUAUUUUCUGUCAGAUGUCUUAGAAUCGGCACAGAACACAAGAAAGUGGAUUUUAAAAUGGUCUUCUGUUUAAAAAGCAAGUCUGCUGGCCAGCUUUCAGCCUCUUGGGUGUUUUUCUAAAAGUGUUUUUUUUUCAAUGCAUUGAUGAAGUCAGAUUCCAGUUGACCCAACCAACACCACCAGCGCUCUGCAGCUAAGAAAAUGGUUGUGAGAAUGUGUUGCUAGUGGCUAAUUGGAGAAGACCCUGUUUCUCCUUGUCUUCCUCUGGAAACGUGUGGAGAUCAUCAACCUGUUUUCACAAGCAGUGGCAAGAAAUUCUUGAUUUUGCAGGUUUUGAUAUGGCCAUCCAGCCUUCUCUGUUUGCUGCCUCCCAAAGGACAGAGACAAAGUCUUAGCAAACAACAAUUUCUCCCUUUUUUUUGGAGCGGGGGAGUUGGAGUUUGUUCAGUUGCCACCUAUGUCCCUGCUCAGAAGAAAGGAAGGAUCAAAAAGCAGUGACAAGCUUUGAAGAAAAACUAAAAAGCAGUAUAAGAAAACUUGUCAUGAUAUUUCCCGCGUGGUCAUCUCAUGGGGGUUGUAGUUUUACAGCUUGAACUUCAGCCGUGUCAUAUUCUCUUGCCUAUAAAAUGGAGGCAGCCAAAAAUGCCUGUCUUUAAAUUGGAAAUGAUGGGAACCUUAAGGCACACAUCCAGGUAGAAAUUGUGUGGGGCAGGCCGUUCCCAGAUGUGAUGUCACAAAGGCAUCGUCCAAUCAGAAAUAUUGAUAUUCCCCAGGCUUGGUUCCCUUGUCACCCUAUAGGAUGUCAUCUUAGGAUUUUGGCUUCAGAAAGGGGCAAGAAAUCUUUGCUGUGGGUGACAUCAUGGGGGAACCCCAGUCGGGGGCCAGGGGCCUUUAUAUAAGCUUCUCCCUCCCAUCUCAGAAAUCGUGAACAGUAGCUAGGUUCACAUUUACAGUACAGUACAGAUGCCAUUUAAAUCCGUGUUUCUCAAACUUGGCAAC